AAAAAACAAACAAACAUGGAUCAUUCAGUAAAAGUAAUGAAUUCACAUCGUAAAGUAGCCUUUUCAAGGCUAUUCAUUUUUCAACAACGAAAAUUUGAAAAUCAAGAACUUGAACAAUUAUAUCAACGUUAUAUAUUUAAAUUACAACAAACAUCAAUUGUAUCGGCAUUAUUAUUGUUGGCCUUAUUAUCAAUAUCGAUAUCAUUAUUACAAUUUUAUUUUAUACAUACGGCAACAAUAAUUGGUAUCUAUUGUCUAAUACAAUGUAUAAUAUUUAUAUUAUUAUUCAUAUCAUCAUUUCGUAUGCAUGAUCAACAAUUAUUAGCAUUAUGUUAUGUGAUUAUAUUUUUCUGUAUUUUAUUCUGUUUAUUAUUAUCACCAAUUAAUAAUAUACAACAAUUAAUUAAAAAUAAUUAUUGGUCAUCGAUUGAUAAUGUGAAUGAUAAUGAACGAUAUCGAAUACAAACACAAAAACCUACGGAUGGUUUAUGGGCAAUUGUAUUUGUUAUAUAUUUAACAUAUACAAUGUUACCUAUUAAAUUAUUAAUAUCAUUUUUAUUUGGUGUAAUCAUUUCGAUUUUACAUUUAAUAAUUACAAUUAUAAAUGUAUCAAUUACUAAUAUCAAUACCAAUAUCAAUACAUCAUCCAUUGUUUUACAUCAGAAUUUCAUUCAUAAACAAAUAAUUGCAAAUAUUCUGAUAUUUUUGGCUGUCAAUUUUAUUGGAUUAUUUACAAAUAUUCUAAUGGAAAGAGCUGGACGUAAAGCAUUUCUUGAUACAAGAAAUUGUAUUAAUGCACGAUUAGAAAUGGAAGAUGAAAAUGAAAAAUUAGAACGGUUAUUAUUAAGUGUAUUACCACAACAUGUGGCAAUGGAAAUGAAAGCUGAUAUUCUUUCACCACGAGAAUUAGGACAAUUUCAUAAAAUUUAUAUACAAAAACAUGAAAAUGUUAGCAUUGUUUUUGCUGAUAUUGUUGGUUUCACUGUACUUGCAUCACAAUGUACAGCACAAGAAUUGAUUCGUCUAUUGAAUGAAUUAUUUGGACGAUUCGAUCAACUAGCCAAUGAUAAUCAUUGUUUACGUAUCAAGAUUCUUGGUGAUUGUUAUUAUUGUGUUAGUGGAUUACCGGAACCAAGAUCAGAUCAUGCACAUUGUGCAGUCGAAAUGGGAUUAGAUAUGAUUGAUACAAUAGCUUCAGUUGUCGAGGCUACUGAUGUUAAUCUGAAUAUGAGAGUUGGCAUCCAUAGCGGACGUGUUUUAUGUGGCGUACUUGGCCUUCGAAAAUGGCAAUAUGAUGUCUGGAGCAAUGAUGUCACCCUAGCAAAUCAAAUGGAAGCUGGUGGAGUUCCUGGCAUGGUCCACAUAACACAAUCAACAUUCGAUUGUCUUCAUGAUGAAUAUGAAGUUCAGGAAGGAAAUGGAGCUGAAAGAAAUUCCUAUCUUCGUGAAAAAAAUGUCAAAACUUACUUCAUAAUUCCACCACAACAAAGACGUAAACACUUCCUUUUCAAUACUCUUCAUGUACGUCAUUUGGCUGGCUCAAAACGAAAACUUUCAUUCAAAAAUGUGUCCAAUGUGGUCAUACAAUUACUACAUUCGAUUAAAUACUCGAUUGAUGUACCAUUUGCAAAUAUGGCAAUGUUGGGAAAUUCUUCAAACAAUCUAACAUUACCAAGUGGAAUUAGUGCUAGUGAAAUUACAUUCAACAAAAAGUUCCAAGGAACGGAUGAUAAUAAUAAAUUUCGUAAACCAUUUAAAAAACGUCAUUCUAUCGUUUAUCAUCAAGGAACGACCAAUAGGGUUAAUAAAUAUCUUUCACAAGCGAUUGAAGCUCGUUCAGUUGAUCAGGAAAAAUCCACCCACGUUAAUCUGGCAACAUUAUGCUUCAAGGACAAAAACAAAGAACGACAAUAUGGUGAAGAAAAAGAUCGUGGUUAUCUGAUUGCUUUGGCAUGUUCAUUGGUACUAUUAUGUUUACUAACGGCAUUGGAAUUCGUUAUAUUAAGCAAAACUAUCAUUUUAGAAAUAUUGUUUGUUGUCACUUUUGUUUGGAUAUCCAUCACGAUAAUAUUGGUUUUGGCAGCUCGGCUAGAGUGCAUUAGAUGGGAUAUUUCAAGAAUUUUUUUGGUCCGUUUAACUACAAUCAUUUCGUCUAUAGUUUUAAUCUAUGCUAUUGCUCAAAUUAAUGUUUUUACAUGUUUAGAUGAUAUUGCUUGUGAUUAUCAAAAUCAUUCAUUGAUUAUCGAUCCACAAUUGGCCGAAAUGCCCGAUUUUAGUCGAAUAUGCCCAUUUCCUCAAUACAUCAUAUUAUCUUGUGUUGUAUCAUUUUUUUCUUUGGUCAUAUUUCUUCGAUUACAAAUGCUUUUCAAAGCAAUAUUAUUGAUACCAAUGGCAUUAGUUUAUAUAUUGCUUAUUGAAUAUACACAUUUUAAACUAUUCGAAUGUAUUUAUGAAUAUGAUGUCCCAUUGCAUAUCACUGGUCCUUUAAUUAUAUUACAUUUUGUUCUUGCCAUACUAUUGCAUGGGCGGCAAGUUGAAUGGACGGCUCGAUUAGAUUUUCUAUGGAAUUCACAAGCAAAUGAUGAAAAAACGGAAAUGUUAGAACUACAAAAUAGUAACCGGCGAAUUCUAUUUAAUUUAUUACCAUCACAUGUAGCCACACAUUUUCUGGACAAUCAAUUUCGCAAUAAUAUGGAUCUAUAUCAUCAGUCUUAUGCAAGAGUUGGUGUUUGUUUUGCUUCUAUACCAAAUUUUAUGGAAUUUUAUAUGGAAUUGGAUGGUAACAAUCAAGGCAUGGAAUGUUUACGGUUAUUAAAUGAAAUUAUUGCUGAUUUUGAUGAGUUGUUAGAUCAAGAAAAAUAUAAACCUAUUGAUAAAAUAAAAACUGUCGGAAGUUGUUAUAUGGCUGCUAUUGGUUUAAUACCACAAUAUAGAAUACCGGAAAAUGAUACUGCCUAUGCUGCUGAUGCUAUGGCCUGUUUAGUUGAUGUUGUAUUUGACAUGAAAGAUCGUUUGGCGGAAAUUAAUGACAAUUCUUAUAACAAUUUCAUGUUAAGAGUUGGUUUAAAUAUUGGACCGGUUGUUGCAGGUGUAAUAGGUGCACGAAAGCCUCAAUACGAUAUCUGGGGUAAUACGGUGAAUGUUGCCUCACGAAUGGAUUCUACUGGCCUGCCUAAUCACAUUCAAUGCACUGAAGAAGUCUAUCAACUGUUAAAAGACUAUCCAUAUGAAUUCAAAUGUCGAGGAACAGUGAAUGUAAAAGGCAAAGGAGAAAUGACCACUUAUUUUUUGUUAAACAAAAAGAGUAAUCACAAACCAUUCAAAGCGCUCAGGCCAAGUAAUAUCGAUGCGCCAAAAUCCGGACAAAAUGGCUCUACAACAAACAACUUUAAAUUACAAUCACAACAGAAUAAUCAAUCUAGUUUUUUUCCUUCGAACAACUCGUCUCAUUCGACAAUAAAUAUUGCUGAUAAUGUCAGCGAAAAUCAACAAUCAACUAGGCCAAAUAAAACAUUCAUGGAUCGGCUACAAGCUUUAGCUAAAUCGCGCCAACAUGAAGAUCAACGGUUAUCUGUUAUCGGUGAAGACAUUUCUUAUGAUAUUCAUGAUAAGGAAAGCAAUUUAUUUCAAUGUUCUCAAGGGAAUUUAUGCUAUAAUGAACCUAAACCGAUCAUUCUGGGAAAAUCCCCGGACAAGUGCCGGCUAAUGGCCAAAGAAAAUUCAUGGGAAUCUAGAGAGCCAAUCUCAAAUAAUCCAAGAAUAGAACUCAGUACAGCAAUGUCGUCUUUAAUGACCACAGCUCCGACAACAUCAGUUCCGAUAAAAUCACCGACAAAAAAUUCUUUGAUUGGCACGCAUCUUAUUGAUAAAACAAAUCCCAACGAUCUAUUUAUUGCAAAUAAUCCUUGCAAAAAACAGCAUAAUUUUUAUUUUGAUGAUGAUUCACUUUCAAAUAUAAAAUCACAAGCUAUGGAACGACAAAAACAAAGAAAUCUUUUCUCUCCGGCCAUGUCUCGUUGUACUGCAUUUUCAUUGGCCGACACAACUAAAGCUACUAUAGAAUCGGAAGAAAGUUUGAAUAAACUUUCUGAUGACGAUGAUGAUGUUGAUGAAGUAGGUGAAAAUCGGCAUAAAGAUGAAUCAUCUUUAAUUUAUAAUAUUUCAUCGAAUUCAUCUGAUCAAAGUUGCCAAUAUGGUCAGAUAAUCAAGAAAAACUACACAAAAGAAUGUAUUGAAAAUAACUUUUUUAAUCGUAGCAAAAAUCUUCCAUUCAAAAGUGCUAGCAGCAAUAAAAAACGUAAUUCUGUCAAUAUUGAUUUCCCAAUGGAUGAUUAUGAUGUAGAUUUUAGAAAUUACAAAAACAAUAAUCACCAUAAUGAUGAUCAAAGUAAAAUUAAUGAUAAAGAACAAAAAGUUUUUGAAAAUGACCGAAUUCUUCGUCAACAUGCUAUGAAAAGAAUGUCUCAUCAUUUUGGCCAAGAGCCAACAAAAUCUUUCCUUGCACAACGUAAUCAACGACAUUAUCAAGCACAUAAUUCUCCUUUAAUUGUACAUCGAUUUUAUCAUAUUGAUUCUGGAACGGACAAUGCACGUCAAUCGUCACCCUUAUUGAAUAAGCCUGAACAAUCAUUGUUAAUCACGAAUAAUUCAUUACAGUCUAGCAAUGUUAAAAAACCCGAUUUUCCAGACAAUCGUAAAAUUAAUUGCAAACAAAUGGUGACAGGAAAUGCGCAAAAUCAAUCGAAUUAUCAUUUAUCAGAUAAAAGCUACAAUUAUAAACAACGACAAUCAAGUUCAAAUGAAAGUGAUGAUGAAGAUGAAAUGAAUUCGGUUGCUGCUUUUGUUGGAAAUAAAUAUUCAACUUCUUUCAAUCAAAAGUUCAACCAUCAACGAAUUCUUGAUUCUAAUCACAACAAUUCAUUUAAUAAUGAAAAAUGCGAAACUCGUUUUCCCUCAAACUUGAACAACAUAAAUAAUCAUUACGGAAAAAUUAAGAAAAAACUUCCCGCAUUUGAAAAUAUAGGCAAAAGAAUUCAUUCACCAAGUUCAAAUUCUUCGCAAUCAAUUUUUUCGGCGGAAUCAUUGAAAAAUAAUAAUAUGAAACAAAAUAAUUAUCCCUUUGAUUUUCCUCAAGCUUCAAAUAUUUGUGAUGAUCAAUCGAUUUCGGCGAAAUCAAAAAAACCAAAAGGUUCACAUAACGAUGAAAUAAACGUUAAUAGAUGUUAUGAUCGGAUCAGAAAUCCGAACGAAACAAUGAGCUUUGAUGAUAAUGCCAAUUUGAUAUUACCUAACAUCAAUUAUUCUCCUGAUGAUAAUCAAAACGAUUUUAAUCAUGUUUCUUUCAUCGAUGAUGAACAAGACUAUGAAUCUGGUGAUUCUUAUUAUGCAGAAGAUGAAAACGAUGAUCAUAUCAAUAAUAAUUUUUCGCCAGUCGAUAAACACAUGUUCAUCAGUGAUGUUGAAUCGAAUUCUAAACAAACAUCAGCACCUGAUUGUUCGUUGGAGGCUACUUUGUUGGAACAAUCGAUGGCAACGACAAAUACCGAAACUUUUGCAGCAAAUAAUGGAAAUCUGACUGAAGAUGAUGGUGGCUAUCUUGAUAAUGGUGCUAUCAGUGAUCUUAAUUCUAUGUUUAAUGAAUGUCCAGAUAGUCGUUCGGAAGAUUUCAAUCGAGAUUUUGAACCAUUCCGACCUGUCGGUCAUUCAUCCAGACCUCUUCGAUCAAUAGAAGAUGUUCUAAAUGAUUGUGAUGAUGAAAGUAUGCUAUCGAUCGAUAAAUCUUCAAGUGUACAUGAAACCACCGAUUGUACAAGUGAAUUUGUAUAUGAUUCUGAUGCCUUUAGUCAACAAGCAGGUUUUAUUGAUGAUUCAAAUUCGAAUAUUAUUUCUAAUCAUGACAAAUUAUUGGUGACCGAUUUGGAUAGUCUUGAAAGUCAUUUUGGAUUAAUGAUGAAAAAUAAUAAUAAUAGUAAUGAUAAUAGCCGAUCUUUAUCAGCAACAGAUCUAAUUUUAAAUGAUAAUAAUAAUCAAUUACCAUCAUUAUUUAAACAUGAUACACAUUCAUUUGAUAUUAAUAUGAAUCAUCAAGAUGAUAAUUUAAAUGAAAUAAAUGUUUGA